AUGGGGAGUCUUGUUGCUGAUCUGUUUCUGCUCCUGCUGAUUUCCACAGGACACGUUUAUGCAGUGUCAUUCUACGGGGAUGGAUACAUCCACCUGCGGACAGUGGAGGCGUCCAUUCAGACUUUGCUCCAUGUGCGUUUCCGAACCUCCAGUCCGGCGGCCAUGCUGUUUUUGGCAGCUGGACGCAGAGACUUCUUGCUGCUGGAGCUCCUCUCUGGGCGCCUGCAGGUCCGUCUGGACCUGGGCUCAGGUGAGCGUUCGCUACGCUCAGAAAAGGGCAUCCAUCUCAGCGACCUGGCGUGGCACUCCAUGGAGCUGACCCACGACCACCAUAAUGUCAACAUGACCGUGGACCGAAACUCUCAUUCCAGCCUCCGUAUGCCAGGACCAGACCUGGAGCUCAGUGUCGAGGACGGGCUUUUUGUUGGCGGGACAGCCGGACUGAACCACUCGUUCCUUCUCAACAUCUCCGCUGGGUUUCGAGGCUGUGUAGAUGAAGUUGUGUUCAAUGAAUAUAACCUGUUGUCAAGCCUAAGGCCUUAUUCUGGGUACAAGAGCGUCCACGAGGUAUCUCUGGGCUGUAGUCCGCAGUUUUCGGCAACGGAAGAAGAUUCCGUUAGCUUUUUCAGCUCUAAAGCUUUUAUCUCUCUUCCACCGUGGGAAGUGCCACAGGAGGGGCUGUUUGAAUGUGAAUUGCACCCCUCAUCAAGAGAAGAAGAUGGCAUGGUUCUCUAUAGCUCUGGCAACCAGGGAGGAUUUCUUGCCAUAGAGCUCAGAGAUGGUAACCUGGUGGCAACCGUAGGAAAUGCAGAGGGCAGCAAGACUGAGCUGCGUUCUCUAAUGUAUGUUCACAGCAACCACACGUGGUACCCCAUCCAGCUGCACCUGCUGCCCAACAGCAUCCAGCUGAAGGUGGGGGAGGAGUUGGUUAAGGCCACCCUGAGUCUGGAGCUCCAGGUCAUCCAGCUCAAAGGGCCUCUCUUCCUGGGAGGGCUGGACGAAGAAGCACGGGGAGAUGCAAGGCGAGCUGGGUUGUUGUCUGCUGUGCCUGGGGGGCAACCGGCUGGGCGGGGAGGCUCCUUUAAAGGCUGCCUCCGAGGAAUUAGGGUGAACACUCAAAGAACAGGCCUACCUCAUGCUGCCGUCACCAAGGACAUCACUGUAGGCUGUAAGACAAGGCAAGUUCCAGGUAUGGUGACCAUCUCGAGUCCAACAGAUCGUCCCGAGUUUGAUGUUACAAAGGCACAACCAGUUGCCAACAAUAAGAAGAACGGCAACUUUUUGUUGCUGAGAAAGCUUGAAGUUUUGGAGGGAGGCCGCGCACCACUGGAGCCCAAACACAUGAGGGUGAAUCUGGAUUUUCGGAAAUUGGGCAUUCAUCCGUCACAACUGAUGUUCCGCAUUGAGGGGCAGCCUGUCCACGGCCAGCUCCGGCUGGACCUCAGUCCUGACCCUGAUGGGAUGCUGGGGGAAGGCCAGGAGAGGACUGUCACACUAGGAGCAGGAGAGGUCGACCGUACUUUCAGUAUGCUGGACUUGUGGCAGGGCCGUGUGAUAUACGUUCACGGUGGUUCAGAGGACCAGCAUGACUUCUUCAUGUUUUCGGUAUUCUCCAGCAAGAAGAAGGCGCUUCCUGUAUUUCUGAAGGGUAACCGCCUGCAUCGGUUCGAUAUCAGCAUCAGUCCUGUUAAUGAUGCACCUGUGCUCAGCCUGCCGGAGGGAAACCUUUUCACACUGUUGGAGAAGUCCAAACGACAGCUGACAACGGAUGUGCUGAGGGUGUGGGACUCUGACAGCAGUCCUGCAGAGCUGGUGUUCAGCUCCCUGGGUAACCUCAAAACUGAGGUUGGACACCUCGAGCACCAGGAAUACUCCGGCAGGGCCAUUAACUUGUUCUCACUGAACGAUCUGGAGGAGGGUAAGAUCUGCUUUAUCCACACUGGGGUCCCUACCGCCCGGCUGGCACUCAGGGUCAGCGACGGGCUGAAGUCGAGCAACACAGUGGUUUUGAGGAUCAUGGCGGUGCCACUCGAACACAAACUGAUGAAUAAUACCGGACUGGAGGUGAACCAAGGCGGGGCUUCCAUCAUCACAACCACUCAGCUUGCUGUAAAAGUUAAUGUGAAUGAUCCAACAGUGGAAAUCCGCUAUGACGUUGCAGAGUUGCCACAAUAUGGUGAGCUCCAGCGGUUGCACUCAAAUGGCGACUGGAAACCGACAACUUCCUUCUCUCAGAAGCUUCUAGAAAAAGAACAGAUCCGAUACCUCAGCACUUACUAUGGCGUUCAGACUCCGAGCAACAUCACUGAUUACUUCAAAUGUAAAAUCAGCAUCGGCUCCCGGGCUACUGAGGAGGUUGUUUUCCCCAUCGUGGUGCGCUGGAUCCACUUCAAGAUCACACGAAGCAAGAUGGAGGUCGACGGUGUUCAGUCUACAGCUGUCACUCCCGAGGACCUUCAUGUAAUCUCUAAGGGUGUUAAAGUCAAUGAGAGCGACCUCUACUUCAGGCUUCUAACAUUACCAAAGAAAGGGCGGCUAUUCCUCGACAACAAAGCUCUACGGAGGAAGUCAACCUUCAGCCAAAAGAACAUCACAGAUGGCUUGAUGAAGUACGAUCUGCUCAACAUGCUUCAGGAUGACACGAGAGACACGUUCAGCUUUCAGGUGUUCUCAACACACGCCAACUCAACAGCUUACGACUUCAGAAUCAACAUCAAUGCCGAGUUGACCGCCGUCACCAUUGUAAACAGAGGCCUUUCAACCCUGGAGGGAGGAAGUAGAGUCAUCAACAAAGACAUCCUCUUCACUCACACAGCAAGUAACCGGGAUGUCCACUACAGCGUUACGGUGAGCCCCGGGCACGGGCAGUUAAGGAGGAUCAACCUUUCCAACUCGACUUCCAUUAACGAUAACAUUGUGACGUUUACAAAUCAGGAUAUCAUUGGGGAGAGGAUCGUGUACGUUCACGAUGACAGCGAGACCAAGCAGGAUUCCUUCACUUUCCAAAUUAUGGUUUACAAACCGAACAAACGCAGGAAGGAGGAUAGGAACACAGCUGAACACACCUUCAAUAUCUCUGUGCAGCUUGUCAACGAUGAGAGACCUGUCAGGGCUGUCGAUAAAGUUUUCCAUGUAGCCCGCGAUGGGCAGAGGUUGGUGACGCUGAAUGACCUUCGUUACCGGGAUGACGACUCUGACUUUGAGGACAAUUGGUUGGUGUACACGCGGAGGGGGAUUCCCAUGGGAGACUUGGUGCUAGCCAGUGAUACCAGCCACAAGCUGUACGAGUUCACACAACGGGACCUGGAGCAGAAAAAAGUGCUGUUUGUCCACAGAGGAGUGAGUUUUGGGCGUUUUGUGCUUUUCGUAUCAGAUGGGAAACAUUAUGUUUCAACAAUGCUGGAGGUGAUGGCGCAGGAUCCCUACCUUCAGGUCGAGAACAACACGGGCCUCAUGGUCCAGCGAGGUGGGAUCAUAACCUUGACCUCUGCCAACCUCAGCAUCUUCAGCAACCUUGACAUCCGAGACCCACAGGAAGUGACAUUUGUGGUCUUCCUUCCACCUAAACACGGCGUGCUCUUCUUUAAAGAUGGAGAUCGUGUAACAGCAACAGAUGCAAUUUCAAUAUUCACCCAGCGAGAUUUGGUGGCGGGGCGCCUGGCGUAUCACCAUGACGGCAGCCAUGAGUUGUCGGAUGGGUUCAAUGUGACGGCAAGAGCCAGGGAGAAGAGCACAGAGAGGCGGCUGGAUAGAGGGAGGAGGGAGAUACAUCUGGACAUUGGAGUGACGGUAACAAUCUGCCUGGAGAGCCACCAGAGGCCGCCAUCGGUCAUAAAUAACCAUCUAGUGGUGGUGGCGGAGGGACAGUACGUCUCCAUAAGCAAGGACCACUUAGAGGUGGUUCAUGAGGACAGCAAGCCCUCAGAGAUAGUUUUUACCGUCCAAAGUCCUCCCGCCCUGGGCUUUCUACAACGGUUGCCCCCCAACGACAAGCACCAGAUCAACAACGGAGAACAGCUGCACCUCCAUCAAAUACAGCCACCUGGCAUCAAAGAGCAGCCAACACAUUCCUUCACCCAGGAAGAUCUCAACCAGGGAUUGAUCGUCUACAACCAGCAGGCUGCAGGACACACCAACGACUCUAUCCUGUUGGAGGCAACCAACGGGGUCACAAGGGUCGGACAUAUCAGGCUAGAGAUUGACAUCAUCCCUAUCCUGCUCCCUCUUCAGGUGUCUGACUUGACCCUUGAUGAGGGGUCGUCCCUGCCACUGACCACUGACAUCAUCGUGGUGGCCAAUCAUCACUUCUCAGGGAUGAACUUCCUGUACCAGAUCAUCGUUCCACCGCGACACGGACACUUGGAGCACAGCCGGAUCCCGGGGAUGCCCAUCACUGCUUUCACUCACACUGAGGUGGAACAUGAGUACAUCUCCUAUAUCCAUGAUGGCAGCGACACACUGAGAGACAACUUCACCCUUGUGGCCAAUCAGACGGAAAUCAGGAAGCACAGCCUGCCCUGCACUGCUCACAUCAAGGUCACACCUGUGGAUGAUGAGACGCCGGUUGUUACAACCAACAAGGGUCUGAAGGUGUGGGUGGGUUCAGUGACAGAAAUCACCACAGAUGAUCUCAGUGCUGAGGACUCGGACACUCCUGAGCCUAAAGGACUGGAGUUCAUCGUCACACCACCAAGCAACGGCCACCUGGCCCUUAAGAGGGCCCUCUCCAGACAAAUCCUGAACUUCACCCAACAUCACAUACAAACUGGACAAUUGAUGUUCGUGCACAGUGGUGCUUUAUCGGGUGGCUUUCACUUCCAGGUGAACGACGGCGUGAACUUCGCCCCUCGACAGAUCUUCAGCACAACUGCCCACUCUCUGGUCCUCACCCUGCAGAGAAAUCAUCCCAUGGAGGUCUACCCAGGCUCUGUGACACCGAUCUCUGAGCAGGAGCUUCAGGCCGUAACCAACGAUGUCAGCGACAUCAGACGAAACCCCUCGGUGGUGUUUGCAGUAACUGAUCCUCCUAAACUUGGCAGCCUGGUCCGACGUAUGCCCGACAACUCUACAAGAAACAUUUCCACGUUCACACAAAGCAUGGUGAAAGAUGGGGUCAUUUUGUAUGACCAGAACAGGCCACAGUCAGUGGGAUGGUCGGCUGCAGACGCUUUCUCUUUCACCGUGUCCUCUCCUCCUGCUUUCCUUCCUCCACACACCUUCACCAUCUUAAUCUCCUAUCAGGCCCACGGACAUCACGACAGCCCUCGACACAAGACCAGACUGCUGAGCAACGCAGGUGCUGUGGUGGCCGAGGGAGGCAGGGUGAGGAUUGACAGGUCUAAACUCGAUGCCUCCAAUCUCCUUGGGAAAGUCCCUGAGCCGCACCGGAAAGACCACCACAUCCUGUACCGCCUGAUUUCCCUGCCACGCCACGGGGCUCUGUCUAUACAAGGACAUAACUUCACCAGGAACAAACCUGAUUUCUCUCAAGUCACCCUAAACAAGUUCGGCAUCACAUAUGUCCAUGAUGACUCAGAGACGACGAGCGACAGCUUUACUUUCCGGGCCUGGGUGGCUCCUUUGGAUCUCUUCUCCUAUUCCUCCUCAUCCUCUACCUCAUCUGCUUCUUCCUCCUCCUCGUCCUCUUCCUCCCCUGCUUCCUUUUCACCUCUCUAUUCAGCCUCAUCGUCCUCCCUUUCGUCAUCAGACGUGGUUUCUCAUCGCCGUGACAAGGACAGGCUGGCGGUGACGGAGACGUUCAACAUCACGGUGACACCGGUCAACGACCAGCCGCCGCUCAUCAGGAGCAGCGCCCCGAGUAUGAAGGUCGUUGUCGGAGAGAGAGUCGUACUUGGACCGGACAAUCUGCAUGUUGAGGACCAUGACACCCCUCCAGAGGAGCUGCACUACCUUGUGAUCAGUAAGCCCAACAACGGCUACCUGACGCUGGGGGAGAGACUGGAGCCGGUGACCUCCUUCACCCAGUACGACGUCAACCACGGCCGGCUGCACUUUAUACAGCAGGGAGAGCCCUCAACAGGUGUUUUCUACUUCAACGUAACCGACGGUCAUCAUCGCCCACUCUACAAACUGUUUAGUUUGGAGGUAAUAAAGCCCUCUGUCUCCAUGGUGAACAACACUGGCCUGUCAUUGGUUCAAGGCAGGACCGCCGUGGUCCUGACAACCGACCAGUUUGCAGCUCAAACCAACAGUCGCAGGCCGGUCAACAUCACCUACACGGUCACCACGCACCCUCGCCACGGACGCAUCGCAAUUAACGACCAGGAAGUCGCAACCUUCCCGCACGAGGACGUGCAGUCAGGACGCGUUGUCUAUCACAUGACGGAUCUCAGCGAAUCAGAGGACAGCUUCCAAGUCUCGGUGUCAGCCUCGUCACCCGGUGUUGACUAUGGAAAUUUAACAGCACAGACGGUGGAGGUGACAGUGAGGCCUCUGAUCUACCUGAGGGAGCCAGUGAGAGUGCCCAGUGGGAUCGCUGUGAAGCUGGGGAAAUCCAUGAUCGACGCAUCCGAGCUGGCCAGAAUCAGCCGAGCCGACCCAGUCUUUCAGGUUCUGUCGCCACCAAAGCAUGGAAAACUAGUCAAGAUGACCUAUGACCCUAACCGAGCAUCAGAGGUGCUGAAGUCGUUUACGUUCAGAGAUGUGGUGCAGGGCCGGGUCGCCAUUGAGGAGACUCUCAGCGACAGCGACAGCCGGCAGCAUGACAACAAAUCAGCACUCAAUACGGCUCUAGGCCACGCCCCCGCCACGCCUCUCAAUGAUUCUUUCAUCUUCCUGCUGAAGGCUGGAAACGUCCAACCAGCGAAGGGGGAGCUUCACUUCACCAUCUUUCCCCACCACCAGAUGCAUCACGGUCCAAGCGGUUCGAAUACAGACGGUGCAAGUCGCGAACAAACGACAACCCGACUUCCGACACACAAUAAGACUACGACCGGAAGAGGAGGCGGGCGAGGGGGUUCCACAACGCUCAGCGGGGACGGGGUGGGUUUGCCCCCCCACAUUUUGUCACAUAAGAACCACAAUAGGACACAGCACAAGUCGAGGCCUCACAGCCGCUGGGGGAACCACACACGCAGCGGAAGUCAUAGAGGAAGAUCAGGGAGUCGUGCAGAGGGAGCGGGAGGGGGUCAUAGUCAUGGCCCACAGCCCCACACUCCUUCUGUCUCAGACAAACAUGUUCCAGCACUCCCUCCUGACAAACACCCGGUCCACGUUGAGAUCCUCCCUCGCCCCGCCUCCGACCCUCUCCUCAUUAUCCUGCCGCUGCUGGCCUGUUUGUUCCUGAUUAUAAUCCUCGUAGUUUUGAUUCUGGUGUUCCGCCGCCGCAAGGAGAAACAGGCCCGGCUGCGGCUCCUCCAGCAGCUCGCUGCAGUGACGUUACCCACUGAGGACAGCCCUUACCUGGGCCAGGCGGAGCGGAGCGUGGCUAUGCCCUCUGUGGUGGUCACCCCGCUGGGCCCUGCAAGCUGCCCUACCUCACCCAGGGUACCUUUGAGUCCCAGAAGGAGGAGUCUGGCCCCUGGGAUGACCUUCUGGGGGCCAUUUGAAGCUGAUGGAGCAGGUGAUGAUGGGAAUAUUAAAGGUGGUAACAGUAUUGAAAAAGAUAUGGUAACUGCAGGAUUCCAAACCUCUCUGAGAUCUAGGUCCCCUACUCCGACUCUUAAAGACAACCAGUACUGGGUUUGAUGGAAGAAGUCCAAAAAAACUGUGCCUUAGAGGUGUAUUUUGGUGUAUAAAUAGCACAUGUGUACUAUCCAGGGGACAGCUGUAGUCAUCUAAGGCACAUCAACUUUUUUAAAAAGGAGGACAAAAAUAUGUUAAUUUGUUGAAGAGAUUUUUCCUUUCUUUGUAGGAAAUGUUCAACUGAACUCAUCUUUGUUGUAGUAACAAUGUACUGAAAUGUAUGUUAUUUAAACCGUAAAACAUCACCUAGGAGCUGUAAUUGUACUGCAGUGUUGUGACACUAUUAUGGCCACCAUUGGUUCUUUUAUGCAAACAUACACUUGUGUCGCGAUCAGUCCUCAAAACACUGACUGUAACUUUCAUAGCUGUGACGAAGAAAGCAUACGUUUUUGAAGUGUGGCUGAACAAGGGAGUGAAACAUAGACUGAGCUUUAUUGCAUUUACUGUGACAGAUUUAAUGUAGUGGAAUUUUAGCUCAAAAUAAUUAGUAGCAUAACUGGUAAUUGACACCACUCACCUACAACAUUGUAACCGUACAGAGUCGAUGUGUUCAAAACCUUGUAUGUCAGCUGGUAGAUGAUACUGCCUGUUUGUGCUCGUGACUAAAAGUACUGUAAGCUUCCAAGUCCAUGCAUGCAAACUAUAUUUUUAUAACAUUCACCUCUCUUUACAGCGGUGAGAUGUCAUGUAACCUUUUCUGAUCAACCGUACAGUAUUAAUACACAGUGAGAUGUAGAGACACUGGUAGCUUCCUCAGUUCUUCACCCGCGACCCCUUUUAAUGCCAGCCUGUUUGCCAUGCGCUGUGAAAGAUUUAUU